UGGACUUUUUUUUAAAUGCGAGAAAAAAAAGUGUGAACACAAAUAUGUUUACACACAAUUUGACAUUUUUAAUCAAUAUUUUGUCAUUGUUUGUUUCAAUUUGGGAUUUUAAAUGUGCGCUUUCGAUGCCAAAAAGGUAUCGAGUGUAUCGAUCAAAAGGACCACCGCCAAUUCCGACGAUUCUCGCAUUCAGCCAACCGCCCCGGUUGGGCUCGGCUCAAAAUUUUCACUCAAACUACGCAUCGCCACCGUUUAUGAUGAACAAUGGAAUAUCCAGUUACAGUCCAUCGGGACCUUAUGAUUCACCCAACAACAAUUUGGAUUAUCAACCACCUGGCAUGGAUUAUGGGCCUCCGAAAAUUGGCACCGAAUAUGGACCUCCGAAAAUUAGCACCGAAUAUGGACCACCGUCAUCAUCGAAACCAGUCAUUCAUAAACAUAUUUACGUUCACAUCCCGCCGCCUGAACCCGAAGAGCCUAUUGUGAGAACACCACUUACAACAGUCGCGCCGCAGAAACAUUACCGAAUCGUAUUCAUCAAAGCUCCCACCGAAGCACCAGCUACAUAUCCCACAAUACCAUUGCAGCCACCCGAUGAAGAAAAGACUCUUGUGUAUGUGCUUGUGAAGAAACCAGAACCAUUGCCAGACUUGGUACUACCAAAACCUGCUACAACUGUACCAACAAAGCCUGAGGUGUAUUUUAUACGCUAUAAAACGCAGAAGGACGAAAAUAGUGUACCUUAUCCGCCAAGUGGUAGCAGUGGUAAUGGAAAUUCAAAUCCAACGAAAAAUUACCCACCAAACAAUAACAUACCAAAUUCUUCGUACGGGCCCCCAGAUACAUCUUAUGGCUCCCCAGAAACUUCUUAUGGACCGCCUCCAAGUUCGUACUCCGGAUCCGGCUCUUCUUCAACGUAUCAAACGACAAUUCCGACAUUGGGCCCUCCAUUGGCCUCAUACAUGAUAAACAGUCGAUCGUUGAAAUCAAAGCGAGGAAAUAAUUUUUUGUAAACUCUCAUUAUUACAAUCACGCGUUGAGGCCCGACAAAACAAAUUACCAGACAAAUGUGUGUUGAAAUUGUCAUAAGAAAGUGCUAAUAUUUAUAAAAAUUGAAGGCUUAGUUUGAUUGUUAGUGACAGUUUCAAUUAUGCCGAGUGGAUUCUUACAAAAAACCGAUCGAAUUGUUAAUU